GCAAGAUGGCGGCCUCCAGUAGGAGCCAGGUGCUCUCGCUGUACAGAAUGCUACUGAGGGAAAGCAAGAAGUUCCCGUCGUACAACUACAGGACGUACGCCUUGCGCAGAGUGAAGGACGCCUUCCGAGAGAACAAAAACGUGAACGAUCCCAAAACGGUGGAGAUUCUUCUGAACCGGGCCCGGGAUAACCUGUCCAUCAUCCAGCGCCAGGUGCACAUCGGCAGGCUGUAUAGUGCUCAGAAGACAGUUGUAGAGGAUGAAGGCAUGAAGAAGACUCCAUGAGUUUUGGGAGGGAACCUUGAUGGGUCACCUGCGGGAGGGAGAGCAGCGCUCACCUCAGGGCGGACUCGGGGGUUUCUAGGGUCUCAGCAUGGUACAAGCGAAAGGCCCAUCAUUCCAACUGGACACCAAGAGUGCUCAUCUCUUAUUGUCUGUUGCCAACCUUCCCCUCAGGCCUUUCAGCAGCACACUGACCUACCAAAUGUAAGUCGUAGACACUUUUGUAAGUUUACAAUUCACUGUGUUCGCCUCCUGUUUUUUUUUUUUUUCCCUUUCCAUUGUCUAUCGUGUACAGCUGUAUUUUGUCGUUCCAAGUCCUCUAGCAAGUUGGAAGAGGACAAUAAAAUGUUCUUGAAACACUGCUGAGGGCGAACAGCUUUGAAUGUCUUACUUUGUCGCAUGCAGCACAAUGCAGAUUUCAAAACGAUGAAAUGUUUUUUUUCACAUACAUUUUGAUGGGCGGAGCCAAGCCCCUUCUUUCCAUUUGCAGGGAAAGCGCACGCAAUACUCGACCCCUCAAAAACAGCUGUGCGUGACUGUAUUUACUCUCUGGCCUCUCGGUCACUUUGAUUCCAGCCCUCGAGACUCGUACACCCCAAUGUACAUAUUUUCAUCUGUGGCCCUUUUACCAAAUAUUAGUUUGUGCACAGUCUGGGGGAAAGGUAUGCACACAAAGCCAAUUGUGUAAAAAUAGUCCAUGUGUUAUUUUUUGGGGCCCUGUGUGCUUAAUGUGCAAGAAAAAUGUGCAAAGGUUGCGUUACUCAACAGUCGCUCGGGGCUCCCAUGGGGGUUUCGUGCAACGGGAACGGCCGGACUUUGCACAGUUUUUUAAAACUACAAUGCAAACCAGCCUUGGGGAUUCAGUAGCGAUUGAAUUUCUUUAUUUAUUUUAAAUAAUCAAAGCACCUUCUCAAAGAAAAUAUCUUUUGGCAUUUGAACCAGCAGGUUACAUGUAUGUUCUUAAUCCUUUUUUUUUUUUUUUUUUUUUUUUUGUUACUCAAGGCAGUUUGAAAGGGGGCGAUGCCACAUCUACUCAAUGCCCUGGCGGGAAUGGCUGCCACGUGAAAAACGUUUCACGUUUUAUAUAGCGUUGUCUUGUAGAUUUGGUGGUUAUGGAGAUCAAUACACCAGGCUGAUCUAUGGCACAUCAGGCACAAGUUGCUCUCAGUCACACUAUGUGAAGGAAGACACAUAAUGACCCAGACUCUUGGCUCCAAGACAUUAUUUUGAAUAAAAGGUUGUU